UUUUCAGCAUGUUAAACAUUAAUUACAUUAUAACUAGGGUAAUCUCUAUGUUUAAACUUAUCCUUUUACCAAGAUACUGACUGUUCCCAAAAAUAAACAUUUUUAUAUCUACUAAUGAAUCUUGCUUUUACUUCACUUAACUUUAGUUUCUAGUUAGAACUUCACUAUCAUUUCUCUCUUCAGCUUCCAAGAUUUGUUUUGUUUGUUUCUUUUCAACUUCUGCAAAUAGGCUAAAAUUCUGGGAAUGUCUCUGAAUUUCCAUUGACUUCAAUGAGGAAGCAGCGCACAACUUUAACAAGAUUUGGGCGCAAGGUAAAGGGUUCAUAUCAAUCUUUUGGAUUAGGUGUAAAGUUAGCUGCAGUAGUAAUCUUGGGUCUUUGUUUUGUAUUCAUUUGGUCUGUUUUUUCACCUUCUUCUUAUUCAAUAACUUAUCAAAGAGAAAACUUUGAUGAUAUUAGAGAACCCAUUUCAUCUGCAAAUAGAAAAAAGGUUACUUCUUUAGUUCCUUCUACCAAAAAAACAGAACCCCAUAAAGGUCAUUUAGUUAAUAAAGAAGAUAAGAAAUUGAAACAUAGAUCAAGUUCAGGUGAAAAAAAGAAAAAAAUUGAUGGUUCUUUGCCUUCAAAAUCUGGUAAUAGUUGGCAUAAAAAUGAGAAAAGUGGAGUUGAUAGAAAAAGAAAGGGUGAGGAUCUGAAAUUAUCCAAAAAAGUUGAUGAGGUGAAAGAUCAAAUUUUGGGAGGAUCUGAAACUGAGGAAGAGAAAAUAGAAAACAAGAAACAAGAAGAAGAAAAAGAAGUAGUUGAGGGUAAAGAGAAUGUCAAAGAAAAUUCAAACAAUAAUAAACAAGAAGGAGAAGAAGAAGAAGCAGUAGAUGGUAAAGAGAAAGAGGAAACAGAAACUAAUAACGAAGAUGAAGAAGGUGCAGUAGAUGGUAAUGAGGAAGGGGAAGGAAAUGGUGAAUUGACUAAUUCUGAGGAGUUGGAUCAAGAGGCUGCUGAUAAAGUGGAAGAUGAGGAUGAGAAUUCUAGAGAUACUGAGAAGAAAAUGAAGAAGAAUUUAGGACCAUUAUUUGAUCCCAAAGUACAUUAUACUUGGAAUUUGUGUAGUACUAGAAGCAAGCACAAUUACAUUCCUUGCAUUGACAUUGAAAGUGUCAGUGGAAAGUUGCAUAGUUUUCGGCAUCACGAAAGAAGUUGUCCUAAAGCACCUCAAAUGUGUCUUGUUCCCCUUCCUCCUGAUGGUUAUGAAACUCCAGUAAGCUGGCCUGAAAGUAAGUCAAAGAUACUUUAUAAAAAUGUGGCACACCCGAAAUUAGCAGCGUUUGUUAAGACAGAAAGCUGGGUGGUGGAGUCUGGAGAAUAUCUCACUUUUCCGUUGAACCAAUCUAUGCCCAAAGGUGGAAUUCAGCAUUAUCUAGAUUUCAUAGAAGAGAUGGUACCAGACAUUGAAUGGGGGAAGAACAUCCGUGUAGUGCUGGAUAUUGGAUGUAAAGAUUCAAGCUUUGGGGCUUCUCUACUUGAGAAAGGUGUAUUAACACUUACUCUAGGCUUAAAAGAUGACCUAGUGGACCUAGCACAAGUUGCGCUUGAGCGUGGUUUUCCAGCAGUAGUUACCCCAUUCGGAACUCGGAGGCUUCCCUUUCCUAGUGGCGUCUUUGAUGCUAUUCACUGUAGUGAUUGCCGUGUAUCUUGGCAUUCUAAUGGGGGAAAGCAUCUUAUAGAGAUGAACAGAAUUUUGAGGCCCGGAGGUUAUUUUAUUUUCUCUUCAAAGCACAGUAGCAUUGAAGUUGAAGAAGCUAUGUCAACGCUGACAGCUUCAAUUUGUUGGAAUAUCCUUGCUGAUAAAACUGAUGAAAUCAGUGAUAUCAGGAUUAAGUUAUACCAAAAACCACAAGCAAAUGACAUAUAUCAAUUGAGAAGGAAAAAAGUUCCUCCUCUAUGCAAAGCGAAUGAGAACCCAGAUGCUUCCUGGUAUGUGCCAAUAAGAUCUUGCUUGCAUACAAUUCCUGAAUCCAUAGAACAACGAGGAACAGAAUGGCCUGAGGAAUGGCCAAAGAGACUUGAAACUUUUCCGGACUGGAUGAAUAAUAGAGAGAAAUUGGUCGCAGACAGUGAGCAUUGGAACGCUAUUGUUAACAAUUCUUAUCUAGUUGGCUUGGGUAUUGAUUGGUCCAACAUUCGGAAUGUAAUGGAUAUGAAAGCCAUCAAUGGAGGAUUUGCAGCUGCCCUUGCGCAGCACAAGGUGUGGGUGAUGAAUGUGAUUCCUGUACAUGCACCAAAUACCCUUCCCAUAGUCUUUGAGCGAGGACUUGUUGGCGUGUACCACGAUUGGUGCGAGGCAUUUGGUACUUAUCCGAGAUCGUAUGACCUUCUACAUGCAGAUCAUCUCUUCUCAAGGCUUAAAAACAGGUGCAAGCAUCCCAUAGUGAUUGUAGUUGAGAUGGACCGCAUAUUGCGGCCUGGUGGUUGGGCAAUUAUACGUGACAAGGUCGAAAUACUUGAUCCACUAGAGAGUAUAUUGAGAAGCUUGCAUUGGGAGAUACGAAUGACAUUCGCAAAAGAUAAGGAAGGCAUCCUUUGUGCACAAAAGGCCAUGUGGAGACCUUGAUGAAUGGAGCAAAUCUUUCGCUUUCCAUUUUCCAGAUCUUCCCUGCAGAAGUUUCGAGGCAAGUCAUUUGAUUAUUUGGAUAAGCAAGAAGGAUACCACAUACGGUUCCAGUCUUACAGUCAUUCUUUACAAGAUCUGCUGUUUAUCCAUUCGAGAUUUGUCUAUACGCGUUGAGUAACACAUUGUCACUACUGCUAACAAUUGCGAUUUCUUGUACCGAUUUCUUGGCCUCAGUCUUUACAUACUGGAAAAGUAAUGAUCUCUUGUAACAACUAGUGCAUUGAUUGAAUCGAACAUUUGUGCAUAAUUGUAAUAUGUUUUUUUUCCCAACCUCAUGUCCGUUGUUAGAGUAUCAUAUGAACCGUAAUACUAUGAUGUGGUUUCUUUA